CAAGAUGGCGGCACCGGCGGGCGACUGAGGGGAGCUGUUGGCCGAGAGCUGGGAAAGACCACCCUGGCUGCCGCCGGGAAAGGGGAAAAAAAGACGACGUCCCCGCCUCGUGGGUUUUUUUCCCCCCUCCCUCCCUCUCUCUCUCUCUCUUGCCGCUUCCCUUUCGGCCCUCUAGGAGGAUGGUAAAAUGACCCAAGUGGGGAAGAAAAAGAAAAGGGCCGCCAACCGCAGCAUCUUGCUGGCUAAAAAGAUCAUCAUUAAGGACGGCGGCACGCCUCAAGGGAUAGGUUCUCCUAGUGUCUACCAUGCUGUCAUUGUUAUAUUUUUGGAAUUUUUUGCUUGGGGACUUCUAACAGCACCUACCUUGGUGGUGUUGCAUGAAACCUUCCCAAAGCAUACGUUUUUAAUGAAUGGCUUAAUUCAAGGAGUAAAGGGUUUGUUGUCUUUUCUGAGCGCUCCUCUGAUUGGAGCGCUGUCUGAUGUUUGGGGCCGAAAAUCAUUCCUGCUGCUAACAGUAUUUUUUACCUGUGCUCCGAUUCCACUGAUGAAGAUCAGUCCAUGGUGGUACUUUGCAGUUAUUUCUGUCUCUGGAGUCUUUGCAGUGACGUUUUCAGUGGUAUUUGCAUAUGUAGCUGAUAUAACCCAAGAACACGAAAGAAGCAUGGCCUAUGGCUUGAUAAUGAGAUUUUCAUCAGAAAGUGUCGCAGCAUUUAUCGCCGUCCUUGGGAUUCUCUCCAUAGUGGCACAGACGAUAGUUCUGAGUUUACUUAUGAGAUCGAUUGGAAACAAAAACACCAUCUUACUUGGUCUUGGAUUUCAAAUAUUGCAGCUUGCAUGGUACGGUUUUGGCUCCGAACCUUGGAGUUGUCCAAGGAAUGAUAACAGGAAUUAGAGGACUCUGUAAUGGUUUGGGACCAGCGCUUUAUGGUUUUAUAUUCUACAUCUUCCAUGUAGAAUUGAAUGAAAAUCCAAUGAGUGAAAAUGAAGUCAAUGUGCCCCCCCAACACCAUUCACAGCAAAAUUCCAUCAUCCCUGGGCCCCCAUUUUUAUUUGGCGCAUGUUCAGUGCUGCUGGCUCUACUUGUUGCCUUGUUUAUUCCCGAACAUACCAAUUUAAACGGUCGUUCUAGCAGCUGGAAAAAACACUGUGGUGGACAUGGACAUCCCCACAGUCCACAGGCCCCUGGAGAGGCCAAAGAACCUUUAUUACAGGACACAAAUGUAUGAUGACAAAACCCAAGGACUCAUAGAGCAAGUUUUAUUUUUUCACCUGCAGCUCUGGAUACACAUUCCAUUUCCAUUGAAAUUGUCAUUUCUUAAGAUGUCCUUAAGAAAUGGAUCUCUUGCAUGAAAACUGUUAAGAACCACAAACAGGAAGUGGAAAAUCAUCCAAAGACGUUACAACUUAAAUUACUUUGGUUUUUAAAAAGAAGCUAGGAUUUUUGUCAAAGUCCUAAAUAUAUUAAAUCUCCUUAAUUUAUAUAUACACACACACACACACACAUACGCAUACAUAUACAUACGCACAUACACACACACACACACACACACACACACACACACAUAUAUAUACAAACAUAUAUACAAGGUAUCAGCAUGUGUUCCUGCAUCAGUUUCUUGAAGGUGUUACGCUUCGUUCUCUUCAUGCUG